GCGGAACAUGCCGGAGAAUUGGAGAUUCGAGGUAGCCGCGAGGUUGGCGGCAUUGGAACAGUUUCCUUGCCGCGUGCUGUCGUCGUCUCGCGGCGUUGCGCCGCACAUCCGCAAAUUCAGUGUAGUUUGCGCGCCGCGACGGAUCGUAAGAUACGUGUUGAUAAUCUAAGAUAUAUCUGCUUUCCCGGCACACAAGCGUUGCGCGCUCACUUCUCAUCGUCAUUGUCUCUUGUGCUCCUGGUGUGCCUUUGGCACAAUCUGUUCGUCAUACGUCGACGAAAGAAUCGACACGUAUGACAUCCGUGCUCAUCGACGCGACCGAACGGUAGCGGAAGCAAUGGUAUAGUGCAUGCUCGCUCUUUCGUGUGUAUGUGAACGGCCCAGCCUCUCCAGCGUCCGUACGUGCGGCGGGUGCGCAUAUUAUACACAUUACACACAAUACACACGCACUCACACAUACCCCUACAUACUACGCACAUACACCACACACACACACACACAUCAUACACACACACACACACACACAUACACACACAUACAUACAUAUUCAUAGGUACGUCGUGUCUCUAUCCGUCUCUAGCCGUUCUAUAGAAGCAAGGGGCCGCCAGCAUGAGUGAUAACGAGCAAGCACGUAAAAAAGCGAUCAGAAAUGUCGAGACUGAGUACCACGAGAUCAACUCCAAGGCCGCUUGGGGGCUUUUGUAUCAGCAUAUACGCAGUGUGACUGGAGCUUAUCUGCUCGCAUGUAACGAAUCAAAAAAGCCACAGAACAAAAAUUUGAAUCGCUACAGGGACGUGGCGCCGUACGAUCACAGUAGAGUUAUACUCAAGAGAGGCGUGUGCGACUACAUCCAUGCCAAUUACAUACCGGUGGAUCGUGCUAAGAGACAUUAUAUCCUGACGCAAGGACCCUUACCGCAUACCGCCGGCCACUUGUGGCUAAUGGUAUGGGAGCAAAAUUGCAAGGCUGUAUUGAUGCUGAACAAGGUAAUCGAAAAGAAUCAAGUUAAAUGCCACCAAUACUGGCCGUUGGGAGACACGGGCGAUACCGUCAUGACGUUCGACGACGUCGGUAUAAAGGUGAAAUAUGUCAGCAAGGUAGAAUCGUCGGACUACACAACCAGAACGUUACGUAUAACGGACUUGGAAAGUAACGAUAGUAGGGAAAUCUUACAUUUUCAUUAUACCACUUGGCCAGACUUUGGAGUACCGCAAUGCCCAACGGCCUUUUUACGUUUCUUGGCAGACGUCAGGCAAUCAGGAGUACUAGAUCAAAAUGCCGGUCCACCCGUCGUCCAUUGUUCCGCAGGUAUCGGAAGGUCGGGAACAUUUUGUUUGGUUGAUACAUGCUUAGUGCUGAUUGAAGAAAACGGAUUGAAUUCCGUGAGUGUGCGGGAUGUGCUGCUGGAAAUGAGAAAGUAUCGUAUGGGUCUGAUACAAACGCCGGAUCAACUGCGCUUCUCGUACGCUGCUAUCAUUGAGGGGGCUAAACAGUUGCCGCUAAAUAACGUGACAGCUUCGCCGAGAACUAUAGAGGAUGACGACGUCAACGACGUGAUAAAUAAUUAUAAUUUUAUAAAUCACCCUCCGUCGGAGAAAGACGACGAGCCUCCUCCUCUGCCGCCUCCGAGAGCGGAAUCUUUAACGCGCAGUGUCGCGAUCACGGAUACAAGCUUGGAGAAAUUGCACGCAGACGCAGAUCACGAAUUAGGUGGGCCACCCGACAAACCGCUGCCGAGCGAACCACCAACUUACACGGAACCAUGCACGAGCCCACCGCUUACAACUUCCACGUCCGUCACAGACGUUCUAGAGGAACACAGCGUCCCGUUGCUCGCUGAAGUCGUGUCUGACGACUCUUCCGAAGAUCGUUCCUCCCCGUUGGAUUUUUCGUGUGAUCUGGACACGGUGCGCAGACGCAGACGGGAAGAACGGGCGGAGAAGAACGAACGAUUAGCGACGCAAGUGCGCGAUAUGAAACGCCGGCAGAGGGAUUGCGAAAAUUGGCAGAAGUUCAAGAGGUCAUUAUGCAAGCCACUUACAAUAGGCAUAUGCAUCGGGAUCGGGGGGGGCAUCAUAUUGGGUGGCUAUUACCUGUACAUGCGUAGUUAGAUCUAUCGUGCCGUGUUUUGAAAAGGAAGGGUAUCGUACGUAGGCAUAUGAACUUUUCGAAUUGUCAGCAACAUUUAGACGACUAGCACGAUCGAGGGAGGUUACCGUUCUUGACGACGGGGAAAGUUCUGAUUCCACAAGUUUCUUAACAACAUCUCGAUCAGGAUCGAACAGGAUCGAACAGGAUCUCGACUGAAAACGCGCCUUAGUACAAGGAAGUGAAAUAAUUUAAUUUAAAGAGACGAGCAUUUUCCGUGCCACAUACAAUCGGCAGUACAAUCAACGCGCGUCUAACGCGCCAAACUAAACUGUAUCUCCAUCGUCGGGACAAUAAGGGAAAGUGUGAACGAUAGGACACAGAGAGACAUCGCUGGAGAGACGGAUCUUGUGUCGCCUUUUUAAUACAUGCUGCUAAAGUGAGAGAAUCGCAAACGGACGCGACGACGAGGAGAACGGAUGGACUUUCGAUUUAUAUUUUUACAUUGUGACUUACUUGUUGAGAGAGUACCAAAAAUAUCAGAAAGUACGCCAGAUCUGAGUGACGCUUCGGCAUUCUCUGAAUUAGGUGUAUUUGCGCUAAUACUGAUCUGAUAUGAACGUUCAAGGAUGUCAUUACGUUUCGUGUAUACGUGUGGUACUCUUUCACUAAUAAUACUUCCGCUAAGUUCACUUAAAAGAAAGUCGAUUAAAAGAAAGGAAGAAACGAAUAGACUAUUUUACACGCAUGCUUAUGCGACUGCAGUUAUGCAGCGAAAGAAUAAGAAGUGCACGAAAUGCUAUUUGUUGUCACGGCUCUUAAUUCCUGUUAAGAUGUAAUUUUUUUAAUUUUUUUCAUAUCUAUGGAAACACACACACACACACACACACACACGCGUGUCGUUUUGCAUGUCGGGUUGCACUCCGAACAAUCUGGCAAUUUCGGGAUCUUCUUGUUCGUACAUUAUAGCGGCGACCAUGAACUCGUAUCGGGAAGAAUGUUUAGGAACAGAACACGAAUCACGGAUGCAUAGAGCUCAAUCGUGAAAAGUCAAUCGCAGCCCUGUUCUCUCCGUUAAGAGAUAUCCAGGCGGAUGAGACAUUGACUAUAUUGUUAUUUUCCGUAAAUAGAUUCUUCUCGUUACUCAGUUAAAUAUCGGAAACGGGGAGCAAGAAGGGAUCGUAUAUAUGAUUCGUAUAGGUCGCAUUUCUGUAAUUUUCGACGAACCGUUUCUGAACAACCUAGACUUACUGUUAGUGAUACUUCAGGGUACCAAAAUCAUUAGCGUCGAUAAGCAUCCGAUUUAUCUUAGUAGCGUUAAAUGGAUAUAAUCGCGUUACGUCUAGAAAUGGUUAAAACAUUUUAUUGUAGUUUGUAGACAAAAACGAUGGACUUGUUGUUUUUCUUUUCUCUUUUGAAUCACUUGCCGAUUGGACUGGAGCUUCUGUCGUCACACAUCAAAAGAAAGAGAGAAAAGAAAAAAGUACAGAAACAUCCAUACUAGGAUCAACGUGUCGGAUCAACGUGCGCGCAUUGACGGGCGGCACACCCUUGCCAGUUUUACGUAUUUCGAAAGUGUUUCAGAGAUGUUUUUUCUUUCCAUUCACAUUGACAAUCUCGUUUGACCUUUUCAUCGCGUUGGGCUAUGAGUAAGAUAUAUUUUUUUAUUUACUUAUUCUUUUUCGUCACAACGUGUCAGUAUACGUUUGGCGGACAUCACCGCUCUCGGGAUGCCGUAGAUUUCUGAUGUAGCUACCGAUUAAUUCGUACAACAGCUUUAUACUUAAUCUGACUGAUCUAUCGCGGCGACAAAUCGCAGAAUCGACGAUCAUUUCAUUCUACAACGAGACAUUCCUGAUGCAAUAUCCUACGAGAUAUUAGCUGCAAAACCCUUACGCUUCGAAACUGAAUUACGUUGUAUCUUAGGCACGGUCGUGCAGAAAAAUCGACCAAUACACGCGCGCGCGCGCGCGUGCACACACACACACACACACACACACACACACACCCCACACACACACACACACACACACACACACACACAUACACACACACCAUGCCUAUCGCGAAAUAGUUUCUCGUUACUGUGUAUCACACCUGAUUUUUUCGUUCUUUUCCUUUCUCGAAUUGCAAGUUUGAUCGACGAUCGACGAAGAAGAUGCUAGAAGUUGCGAAAUUACAUAGACGUUUCGUUCGGCGAUGAAAAUCGUAGGUAGCGGCAACGCAGGACGCGUGCGAAAAUAUUUUCGGACGUGAUGAAAUGAUGAAAUGUCACUUUUUCGACAGAACUUUUUAACUCUGCUUUGAAACACCGUGCCGUAUAAGAUACCAAUUUUUCUGUAGAAAAAAAGAACAGAAAGGAAACUUCGAAAGUUCAGUGACGAAGUAAUCGCUACAAAAAGAGGGGUAAAAGAGACGGGGGGGGAGGGAGAGAGGGGGGUUACAGCGAAACCUCUAGUAGAAAAACGCGAAUUCCAGCUCAUCGCCCAAUUAAGUAAUGCUAUGCGUAUGCAUCGGGCGUUUGACAAAGACUGACUUACGUCUAGAUGGCUUUCUAGGAGAACGGACGAGCAAGUAGAAUACGAACGAGUAAAACGCGUU